AUGUGUCAUUUCUGCCGAAAGACCCCCUGGGUCACGCCGCCGGCUCAUCGUGAUCGCGAUCGUCACCAGCCGGCCGGCUACGAUCACGGGGCAGAUCCUCCCCUCAACUGGGAUCAAGUGAUGGGCGUGCCCUCUGUUCAGCGGCCGGUGCCCAAAGCGCCCCCGGCCAAAGCUCAUCGCAACAGAGGCAUGGAUCAGCCGGUCUACUAUGUGGAUCCCAAGGCUGGUCCUCCACGCCAAGGCCGAGCGGCUCCGAAAGGGCGUUCUCCUUUGUUCGCCGAGCCUGCUCAGUACAUAGUUCCAGGGCAGCCCCCCAGAUCGCUCGACGCCGUGCCCGCUGACGUUCACAUCAGCGGACCGGCUCACUAUGUCAUUCCGGGGCAGCCCCCGCGGCGGCUGGAUCAGCUCCCGCCCGGUACGCAGCUCCCUCCCGGCACCGAGAUCAUGGUGCCUACGAGGAGCUCGAGUCCGCCGACCAAAGCGCCGCCGACUCCCGCCCAGAUCGCGGCGUACCAGGCUUCUCGCGCUACUCCCGCUCGGACGAAAGCCAAAGCUACUCCUGAUGCAGCUUUUCGUGCUGUCGAGCGGCAGUUGAUCGACUUGCUCGGCGCGGCCCCCCUCGACGACGAUCCGAUCGAGGAGCCGUCGCCGGAGCCCGAUGAUCCGAUCGAAGACUUUUAA